AUGUCGCCCAGAUAUUCGCCCGUUGACACGGCACUCGACGUCAUCGAUGCUACAAUUCUCUCCGUGCCAGCAUCUGCGCUCAUCUUCGCCUACUAUCUCCGCAACUUCGUCCGGGAUUACUCUCUCCCGCUCUCACUCUCUGCACUGAGCGACUUUUUCAAGGAGCACUACCGAAUCAAGCAGUUCCUCUUGCUCGUACUGCUACGGAGAGGCAAUGGCGCACUGAGCAGACUGGUCGACAACAACGGCGUGUGGAAGCGUCAGAUACCGUAUUACCUCGAGGCUGCACCCGAUACCGGCGGUAGAUCGGAAAUCAUUGUCGUUGUAGGAGGAGCGCAGGGGAUUGGAGCGCGACUGGUCGAAGAGCUCAAGUGGAAGCGGGGCGUCAAAAUUGCAGUCAUGGAUAUCGCUCCUGCCAAUAUUGCAGAUCACGAUCGUCAUGUGAGGUACUACAAGACCAACAUUGCCGACCCAGAAGCAGUCAGCCAGAGCGCCCAAGCCAUUCGAGAUGAUUUUGGUCACCCGUCCAUCUUGAUCAACUGUGCGGGUAUCUUGCGCGGAAAGUCGAUCAUCGACAUCACACCCAAAGAGCUACAGCUCACUUUUGCAGUCAACACACUCGGUCUCAUCUAUGUCACAAAGGAGUUCUUACCCGCCAUCGUCAAAGCCAAUCACGGUCAUAUCGUCAACAUAUCCUCUGCAGCUGCGCUCGUCUCUGCGCCCGGCUGCGGAGACUAUUCACCCUCGAAAGCAGCCGUCAUGGCGUUCCAUGAAGUUCUUGCAGCAGAACUUGCAGGGCGUUACAAUGCGCCUGCUGUCCGUACGACACUCAUACAGCCCAUCAAAGUCAACACAGCACUCGGCAGUGCAGUCAAUGACCACCCGGACAAGUUCCUCACACCUCUUCUUGAGCCAGAUGAUAUCGCCCAAGGAAUCAUCCAAGCCAUCGAAGGGGGUCUAUCGCAAACGAUCAUCAUCCCUCGCGCAGUCAAAUGGAGUCUUCCCCUCUUACGGGUCGCGCCAUCUUGGUAUCGAUGGCUCAUCACCCGGUCGGGUGGCACAAACGAAUUCGCAACGCUCGACAGUGUUGCCAAAGGCGCAAAGGGAGGCUACAAGAUUCUUGUUGACGACGCUCACUCGCUGCAUCCAGCUGCAUUCUGGCUCCGAUGCCACAACGUCGAACCGCAGCCAGCAGACCUGCUCUACCUGCGAGUUUCCCGACUCCGCCUGCAGAUGGAGCCAUGGCAGGGUGGCCUCUUCACCUUUCGCGAGAUCGAUGCACCCACACCGCCUUCCGAGAUCAAGUUCAAGGUGUUCCCGGAGAUGAGCUCGGUUGAUCAGAACGACGUCAUGGUCCCACUGACCGUUUCGAUCCAUAUCAAGCCCUGGGAAACGGAAGCCGAUCCGAUUGACUGGGAUGAGCCUUAUCGUAGCUGCUGCCUGAUCAUCGUCGCAUUCGAUAUCACUCUGGGCCUCGUGUCGACACGAUUACUGGUGCACCAGACGCGGAUGUAUCGUCAUUGUCGUUCAGCUGCUCUGAACCCGCUGGAGCCCGUCGCGUUUCCCCUCUGUCCGGCAAGAUACGAGGCGCCACGGCAGUUGGUCGAAGAUUGUGACGAAGUCAUGCACGCCAUCUCAUUCGAAACCUGGCCAACCAGAUGGUUCUUCUGA